UUUGAUAAAUCGUUAAGCACAAAAAUGCACCUUCUCCCAUUUUUCAAAAAAAGAAGAAGAAAGAACUUCUCACUAGUCACUACCCGCCAUCCUUAUCUAAAAGCCCAACUCUCCUCUGCUGUACUCUUGCUUCUCUGUAUCAGAUAUGACUUCACUUCUCUCAACAAAAUCCUUCUUUGCUCUUUACCCAAAUAGCAAUGCUCAUAAUCUUCCCUUCCAAUUCAAAUCUCAAAGCAUCAAUCUUUCUAACAAAAUUAAAUUCAAGAUAGACUGCACAGCCGCAAAUCAACCACCAAAACAACAAAAGCACUCUAAAAAGACCAGAGAAACUGAAACAGAAGACGAGAAAGGAAUAAACCCAGUUGGGUUUCUCACCAGACUUUGCAUUUCCCAUAAACAAUUUGCUCAGUUUCUUCGUGAAAGGCAUAAAUCACUGAAGGAUCUCAAAGAGGAACUUUUCAAGAGGAAUCUUAUGAUUAAAGACAUUGCUUAUGGAUUUGAAUUGAUGGGUCUGCAUCGCCAUCCAGAACAUCGGGCAGAUUAUAUGGAAUGGGCACCAGGUGCUCGUUAUUGUGCACUAGUGGGUGACUUUAAUGGGUGGUCUCCAACAGAAAAUUAUGCAAGAGAGGGUCAUCUUGGCCAUGAUGACUAUGGAUACUGGUUUAUCAUUCUUGAAGAUAAACUUAGGGAGGGAGAAAAACCUGAUGAACUUUACUUUCAACAGUAUAAUUAUAUGGAUGACUAUGAUAAAGGUGACAGUGGUAUUAACAUUGAUGAAAUCUUCAAGAAAGCUAAUGAUGACUAUUGGGAACCUGGAGAAGACGAAUAUAUUAAAAACCGACUUAAGGUGCCCGCAAAGUUAUAUGAGCAAUGGUUUGGGCCUAAUGGACCUGAAACUAUGGAAGAAUUAGAUGCAAUACCACUACCAGAUGCGGAAACGAGAUAUAAGGAAUGGAAAAAAGAGCAUGCAGAUGAUCCCCCUAGUAACUUACCUCCAUUUGAUGUGAUUGAUCAAGGAAAUGAAUUUGACAUAUUUAAUGUUGCAAGUGAUCCAAUGUGGCUAGAGAAAAUUCGUACUAAGGAGCCUCCGUUGCCUUAUUGGUUUGAGACACGUAAAGGAAGGCAAGCUUGGUUGAAAAAGUACGCUCCAACUAUUCCUCAUGGAAGCAAAUAUAGGGUCUAUUUUAACACUCCCAAUGGGCCAUUAGAACGUGUACCGGCUUGGGCAACUUAUGUAGAACCAGGCACAGAUGGGAAGCAACCUUUUGCCAUCCACUGGGAACCACCCCCAGAAUUUGCUUACAAAUGGAAAAACACUCGCCCAAAAGUGCCAAAGUCCUUGCGUAUAUACGAGUGUCAUGUUGGAAUUAGUGGCUCAGAGCCAAAAAUAUCUUCUUUCGGUGAUUUCGUAGAGAAGGUCCUUCCACAUGUGAAGGAAGCUGGAUACAAUGCAAUCCAGUUGAUUGGCGUUGUUGAGCAUAAAGAUUAUUUCACUAUUGGUUAUAGAGUCACCAACUUGUAUGCUGUUAGCAGUCGAUAUGGCACUCCUGAUGAUUUCAAACGCUUGGUUGAUGAAGCACAUGGAUUAGGACUACUAGUGUUCUUAGAUAUCGUCCAUUCCUACUCAGCUGCAGAUGAAAUGGUUGGACUCUCACUUUUUGAUGGAUCAAAUGAUUGCUACUUUCAUACUGGUAAACGUGGACAUCAUAAAUUUUGGGGUACUAGAAUGUUCAAGUAUGGGAACCAUGAAGUGAUGCAUUAUCUACUCUCAAAUCUUAACUGGUGGGUUGUGGAGUAUCAAAUAGAUGGUUUCCAAUUUCAUUCACUCUCAUCAAUGAUGUACACACAUAAUGGUUUUGCUUCUUUUACAGGCGACUUAGAAGAGUACUGUAAUCAAUAUGUCGACAGGGAUGCAUUAUUGUAUCUCAUAUUGGCCAAUGAGUUAUUACAUACUAUUCAUCCUAAUAUAAUAACAAUUGCUGAAGAUGCAACAUAUUAUCCUGGACUCUGUGAUCCAACUUCACAGGGGGGUUUGGGAUUUGACUAUUAUGUCAAUGUUUCUGCAUCAGAGAUGUGGUCCUCUUUUCUCAAAAAUAUUCCAGACAGUGAAUGGAGCAUGAGCAAGAUUGUCAGCACAUUAAUGGGCAACAAACAAAAUGCAGAUAAGAUGCUUUUAUAUGCUGAAAAUCACAAUCAAUCUAUCUCUGGAGGGCAAUCAUUUGCAGAAGUGAUGUUUGGUGAAUUUAAGGACCAUACGCCUGCCUCAAAAGAACCAUUGCUAAGGGGAUGUGGACUGCACAAAAUGAUCAGAAUGAUUACCUUCACAAUUGGUGGUUUUGCUUACCUCAAUUUUAUGGGCAAUGAAUUUGGGCAUCCCAAGAGGGUGGAGUUCCCAAUGGCAAGCAACAACUUCUCAUAUUCACUUGCUAAUCGUUGUUGGGAUCUGCUGGAAAAUGAAGAUGUACAUCGCCAUUUAUUCUCCUUUGAUAAGGAUCUAAUGAAUUUGGAUGAAAAUCAAAAGCUGCUUUCAAGAAGUUUGCCAAACAUUCACCAUGUGAAUGAUGCUAACAUGGUAAUAUCCUACAUGAGAGGUCCUCUUCUCUUUAUAUUCAACUUUCAUCCAACCAAUGCAUACAAAAGAUACAGUGUAGGCGUAGAAGACGCAGGAGAGUAUCAAAUCAUUCUAAAUACUGAUGAGAAGAAGUAUGGAGGUCAGGGGCUUAUAAAGGUUGACCAGUAUCUUCAAAGAACCAUGAGCAAAAGAGUUGAUGGCCUUCGAAAUUGCUUGGAAGUGCCCCUGCCUAGUAGGACUGCCCAGGUUUACAAAUUAACUCGCAUAUUACGAAUAUAAACCCUUUUUGACACUUCUCUUCCUCGUAAACACCGGCAAGGCAGACUCUCAUAAAGAUGAAAACCAAUGCCUAUCGGUCAUGCUGAGCUUACAUGGGUGUUAUAUCAUUUCAAAGGGAAGAUGUCCCUCUUUGAAGGCAAGUUUCGUGAAACCGGGAAGAACCAUCCUUGUCAAUAUGCUCAAGACUCUGGAAUCUUUGAUCAUCUUUGCAAAUCUAAAAUACUAGCAGUUGCUGGUUGGUGAAUAUUGCCUGUGAUACUUGAAGAAUUGGCAGGUUCAAGGUAUCUGAGACAGAAAUCUUCUUCACUCACUCAUCAGCCAAUGGAGUUUUCCCUUCACUCAUCUUCACCUAUCUCUUUCUGUUGGAGACAUAUAAAUGACUGUAAUCAUGGUGAGGGAAUGGAGAAAAAAUAAUGUAUAAGACUAGGUGGCGUGACUUCAAAAUAAUGCAGCAUUUUAGGUGAAAGAUUUUAAGUCAGAACUCUGGCUUGGCAACUUUACUUGUGAUGAUAAAGAUUAAUGCAUCUUUAUAUCUUUCUUUCCAAAA